CCCAACACAUGUGACUCUAGUCAUACAGUUUAAAAGGCAAUUCUACUAAAUUCCAAGGAUGUAUAAAAAUUGGUCAUUUGAGGAACAUAAUAAAUUAAAAGGUCUCCCAUUUCCUUAUUCUGACAUUUAGUAAAUGAAAGUAAUGUUGGAAAUUCUAAUUGACCUAAAGCAGGAAAGGUUUAGUAGCAGCAGCCUUGUACGUUUCUAAAUGUCCUCUCCUGUAGUUAAAACAGUGACUGCUGCACAGAAACGCUCCCUGACGAGCUGCUUGAAUUAAAAUGAGACUUUCCAGAAGAAAUCCCUUCGAGCUGCUUUGAAACAAAUCCCACACACUCAUAGUUAUUACAUGUUAAUAAAGACAAAAAGAAGUUCACUCAACCUGGGUGACAUGCACCAUGUCAGAUUAUGUUUAACUCAUCCAUCGCUGAACAUGAAUUGCCUAAAAGUUUUCAUGCUGUCACAUUAUCCUGUGGCGUACUAGAUACGCAAAAGGAAAAUGUGAGCAACUACAAACAGAAAACAGUAUUUAGCUUGAUUUAUUUGAAUUUGUAAGCAAAAAAACAUUAGCGGCGAGCUACCCAGUGGAAGAAUGUUUCCACCUCAUCUGUAAAAUAAAAAUGCCAACUUGUAGAUGGUCUAUUUCUGUUUCCUUUGUGGAGUUUUCUAGGCACGCAUUUUAAAGCAUGACCUUUAAAGAUGAAACGAGUAGUAUUUGAGUACAUAUUUAGCAGUUUUUGCACACACUGAUCAGUUUAAAAUUUAGAAAUGAUCAAACGAUACAUUUUCCAGCUUUCACCGGAAAUUCACUGCUUGCAGUUUGAAUUUCUAAAUUUCUGAAUACGUAUUUAUCAAAACUCUUACAUCAUGUUACUGUUGUUUACUCCUUCACUUUGUCUACCUGUUGAUCUUUGGAAGGUUUUGUUAGUUUUAUGUAACAAUGAGCAUCUUUAUAAUUACUUUGUGGAAGAAACAAUUGUUCUUUUUUGUAACAACAGAUGAUCUUGUAAUGGUCUCUCAUGCAUCAAAGGUUUACCCAUUUCUUAAAACAUUAUUAGAAACAAAAAGAAAGAAAACUAAACGUUGACCUUUUAAUAUUUUUUAACUGUGCUUUUUCAAGUGUGAGAUGAUAAAACAUCAACUCCAAUCAUUUUUAAAAGUGAGACGUUUGGACCCAAAGUCUAAUUGAUUGUGUAUUUCCUCUUACCCACACAAGGUCAUAAUUAUACACAUACAGGCUGAAUUAUAUACAGACAUCCUCGUUAAUAUUUAUUUGUACGCUGCAGCUGGAUCACACACGAUUUGUAGCGAUCAAUAAGCUUCAGGCAUAAUUCUGGCUGGAUGUUUCACCACUCAGAAUGUGGCCGAGCUCAUUUAGAUUGGUUGGUUUGGCCCAACCAAGGCUUUGAAGGAUUAUCCAAGCAUUUUCUGUAGGGUUGAGGUCUGGACUAUUUCAGAACCCUAAUGUUAGCCCUCUCUGUGUUUUAUACACCUGUAAAUAACGCCUGAGUUUAAAUAGGUAUAAAACACAGCUUCCCAUGAGCCUCUUGGGUGAGUGAUCCUGCUCCACUUUGACUGUGGAUCUCUUAAUGGGAUUAUCUAUUCUCAGGGCAUGUGAAAGGCAGAGGGAGGAAUGUAUCGAGGGGAGACGUCUGACGGUAAACCUCUCCCUGGUAGAUGAACUGAAAAACUAAAUCAGCUGAUACAGACUUUUGCAUUGUUUUGAUGUACACAGUGGCUGGCGUACUGAUGAGCAGAGAGCAUUGUGUUUCUGUAGGGGUUUCCACCUGACGCAGAGACAAACAGACACCAUUUAUCCACCAUGCCUGACAGCGACGACAGUGAGGAAGAAACCAGUCAGCAGGAGCUACCGAUGUCCAGUUGGAGCGAGCUGUCCAUCAUAGAGCGUGUAGGCCUCAACAGUUUGGACAUGACAGAAAAGGACUUGGAGACAGCCUUCUCUCAGAUUUCCCUGGCCUUCUGCUGCGAUCAGUACACCCUGAAACAGAGGCUGCAGUCAGAGGAGCACGCACGCAACCUGGCCGAGGAAAACAUCCACCUGGAGCUCACCCGAGGCAGGGAGACCCUUGAGACAUUGAAAGGCCUGUGUUUGGACAGUAAGCGAAGCAGCAUCCUGCAGAGGCUGGAGUUGUCUCUGGACAUCCUUGGUGGGACAGUUGAACGGAUCUCCAGCACAGCGGAGGUGCUGGGUGCUGUCCACCAGGAGGCUCGAGUGAGUCGUGCUGUGGAGCUCAUGGUGGCUCACGUGGAGAAUCUGAGGAGGCGUCAUGACAGAAAUUUAGCAGAGCUAGAAGAAGCUAAAAAGAUUCUGCAGCAACAGCAGCAGCUGAACUCCAGCAGAUACAGCAUUAAUCCCAGAUCCUUCCCAGCAGAUCCAGAAAGUGACAGGAGGAGAAGAAACUCUAAUCAGAGCAUCUUACGUCGGAGAAUCAGUGCAUCAAUUAUUUCCAGCCCAACUCAGGAGAAGAGAAAGCGAGAUUCAAGAAAGAGGACCUCCUCCUGUAAAAAGCAGUCUCCUCCACUUUUGUCUCCCUCCCUGAGCUUAGAUUCUAGCAGCUUUGUCUUUACUCGAGAGGACGGCCACCUAACGAAUGAAAGGCAACCAGACCCAGAUCCACAAGGAGAUCCUCCUCCAGACCUUUCUGUUUCCAGCACAGGGAGCCCACCAACAGAGGAAGUGAUUCCUCCAAAUACGCAGAGCAAAAACCUCUCUGUGAACUCUCUGCGACAAAGACAGCAAGCCAAAGCAGCUGUAUCAAACAAAGGAAAGGAAAGAAAGACAACAAUUAUCCAGAGGCAAAUCUCCAUAGGCACGUAUGGGUCUCUAUGUAAGCAGGAUCCUCUGGCGAUCCGGCUGCAUCGCUGCCAAUGGGCGCGCAUCUGCACCAACCUGUUUGUGCUUUUCUGUGUCGUAAUGCUAACUUACGUCAUGUGGAAGCUUCAUGAAGGAGACCCUGAGCCAUGAUCCGUCCAUCUGGAAAAAACUUCAUCCUCAUUCUCUUCGUGGUUUAUAAAAUAAAACCAUUUUCCAUCUCUU